AUGAAUAACAAUCCAGUUUCAAAUGAAGGACUUUCUGCAAAUAACAACAAUAUGAUAUUAUCACUAAAUAAACGUGUUAAAUCUCUAUCAGUUUGUAUUGGUAUUGGAAUUAUUCUUAUACUUGUCACUCUUGCUCUUGCUGCAGCUACAUUGGGUGUUGUUGUUAAUCGAUUAAAAGACAAACCAAUAGAUAGACCAUCUCUCGAUUCUGAAUAUGCUGAAUCGAUUCAAAUUUCUGAUAUAAUGAUACAUCUUAAUGAAUUACAAAAUAUAGCAACUAAUACAGGUGGUAAUAGAGCUAUUAAUACAAUUGGUUUUAAUCAAACACUUGAUUAUAUUAAUAACUAUCUAUCAUUUCAUACAAAUUUUAAAGUAGCAACAAAGUAUUUUUAUGUGAAAAAUUUUAUUCUUGCUUCCAAUUCAAUAUUAAUAACAUCUAUUAAUGGUGUAACUGUAAAUCGUAUAUUUUCACCGAAUCUUUCAAUAGCAGAAUUUUAUUUUGUUCAAUAUACAAGAUCAGUUAAUUUUGCUGAUUAUGUUCCAAUAAGUGUUAUUCCAAAUGAAGGUUGUUCUGAUAAUGAUUGGCUUGCUGCAAAUUCUUCUCCUAACGGUCAAGUUGCAUUAGUCAAAAGAGGUGUCUGUCCUUUUGUUGAUAGAGCAGUGCUUGCAUCAAGAUAUCCUGUUGGUAAUAUUUGUGCUGAUACACCAACAGGUGAUGCUACUCAAACUAUUGUCAUUGGUGGUCAUAGUGAUAGUGUACCGGCUAGUCCAGGCAUUAACGAUAAUGGUAGUGGUAGUGUAGCAAAUCUUGGUUUAGCUGUAGCUCUUGCUCGUCUGUUUGAAACAUCUACUUAUAAGAAAUAUAAAUACCGAGUGCGAUUUUGUUGGUGA